AUGAACCCGGCAGAGAAAAAUUACACUAGAAUUGAGCAGUUAAUACUAGCCUUCGUAUUUGCAACACAAAAACUUCGAACAUAUUUCCAGACCCACAGAAUUCGAGUGCUUAUGAAGUCUUCUAUAGAGUCAGUGCUCAACAAUGCAGCGAGGCCAGGACGGAUUUCUAAGUGGAGUGCUCAAAUCAAGCAGUUCGAUAUCUUCUAUGAGAUGAGAAUAACAGUAAAGGCACAAGCAGUGGCCGACUUCCUGGAAGAUUUCCCUUUAGACGAUGAGGAAGGAGUUGACGAUAUACCAGGCAUGGAAGAAGACCGAGAAGACCCCUCCGACCUCCUUGAAACUUGCAGCUCGACGCGAUGGGGAGCAUUCGUCGAUGGGUCGUCCAACAAAGAUGGGUCCGGCUUAGGGCUCGUCUUCACCACACCAAAGGGGAAAAAGAUGGUUCAUUCUUUCAAGAUGGAGUUUAAGGCAACAAACAAUGUCACGGAGUACGAGGCCGUGAUACAUGCUUUACGAAUGAUAGUAGAAAUGGGGAUCCACGACGUGAGACUGACCAGCGACUCCCAGUUGGUCAUUAGGCAGAUCACUGGGCAGUAUGCUAUACAUGAUCCAGUAUUGCAGAAGUAUUGGGAGCUCGCCCAAUUCUAUAUCGGCCAGAUACCAAACAUCAAAUUGCGACAUAUUUGUAGGAAAGACAAUCGACAUUCGGAUGCACUGGCGUAUAUCGCCUCCAUGCUAACAGACUCAAGCAUUGAAGGCAUCAGAGUCAUGAGAAUCAUGAUGCCAUCUUUCCCUGAGCCAGUAGACACAAAAGCAUAUGUAGCAGUAACUACAGCUGAUAAAUACGAGAACGACGAUUGGCGCAAACCCAUUCAUCAAUAUUUGGAGACGGGAGAAUUCCCUAAGGGACGACCCGAGAUCAGUAAAGUUAAAAGCAAAGAGGCGGCAUACGAAUUACGAGACGGCGUUCUGUAUAGGAAAUCCUACCUAGGACCAUUAUUCAGGUGCCUAAGAAAAGAAGAAGGACACUCAAUCUUGAAUGAAUUGCAUUAUGGGGCUGCGGGCAAUCACAGCUCGGGUCGAAGCCUGGCAGCCCGAGCUAAGACCAUGGGUUAUUUCUGGCCAUACAUGAAUGACGACGCAAAACACAUAGAAUUAGCCUGCGAUGAAUUCCAAAAAUUUGGAAAAAAGAUACAUGCACCUGCAGUAACUUUGAACUUAGUAAUAAGCCCCUGUCCCUUUGCCAAGUGGGGGAUCGAUAUCGUGGGGCCCCUACACGUCGGGUCGGGGGCAGAGAAAAUACUUGAUCGUGGAUACUGA